AGUGGUACCCAGUUAUUCGUAGAUCUACACAUCUUCGUGGUGUAUGUUAGUGAAGACUAUCAGUUGUCCGCCGUUCUAAACAUUGAGCGGUCGGCUGUGAACGUCAUCCACUGAUUUAAAACAAGCACGAAACAGCACAAAUGGCGCUACAAGAAUAAGAAUGACGUUAGACAGCUAUGAAUAACACUGACAUCGAUGAACUUUUUAAAGGACCAAUAGAGUUCGAAGAUUCCCUAUUUGCAGAAGAAAAACAACUUCGCCCAUGCUACAAAGAAGAACACCACAAAGAUUUUAUCCCCGUGUCUGACUUCAGUGUCAACAGUCUCCCCCCGGAUUACAGAGAUAUGGAUUUGUUUAAUCUGAUAACCCACCAAAUCUCCUUGACCGUUAGCAUCUCUAUCGAGUUCACUAGCACCCGACGACCGGAAUUCUACCCUGGAACCACUGACCAGUACCCGGCCUUGAACUUUAGAGGUCAGAGUAAACUCCGAACCGGAAGUGGGUUUGUGUGUAGGGUGGUCAAGCAGGAAGAGUCGCCGUGUCAGUGUGUGGAUUGUAAGACGAUCGAGUCCCCGAAAAGAGAGUGGGGUGAGAUCAACGUGUUUACGACAUCCCACGUCGUGUUCGAUGAGUCGGAGACCAAACACACCAGCUGUCGGUUCUUUUACGACAAUGUGGAUAGCGAGAAGCGUAUCAUCAGAGCGGAGCGGAUUGUACGGUGUAACUUAGAGAAAGACUGGUGUAGGUUAAACUUAAUCACACAUGAUAUUGACCUCCUGGAUAAGCUAGAACACCAUCUUGAACAAUUUGAUCAGUAUUGUCAAACUGUAGAAGAUAAAUACUCGCCUAUCGGCGAGAUGCAUAAAUUAACCGUCAUUGUCUCGCAUUCCCAUGGCAACCCCAAGAUGGUGUCUAUUGGGGAAUGGCAACAUAAGAGAAGGAAGGGGAAAUACGGGGAUCACGUGUACACGUACACCACCCCUACCUGCCCGGGAAGUAGCGGGGCGUAUGUGUACAUUAUGGGCGGGGGGAAACAGUCGUACGACUACCUACAUAAAGGGUGUGUAAAGGGAUCGGACUUGAAACUAAACUACAGCACCCGUGGGUGGGAGACGUUGUGAGUGGGAUGUCUGAUGAAGUCUUUUGGUCGAAACGUUGCGUGUGAGUUUCUAUCAUUUCUGUUGUGUUCUAAGAAUUUUAUAAAAAAAAUAUUGUUUUUUUUUUGUGAAUUAUUGCAUCGGAUUCUGAUUGAGCCCUGUUUGCAUUUUUUUUUUCAUAAGAUGCACAUUAAUGCACAUUUAUUUCUUACAAAAUGUGAGUUUUGUAUUGUUUUUUUUCUGUUUACACUGAAACUUUACUCACAGUGUUAUUGUAUUACUGUAUUGUGUUCACUUUUAAAAAAUAAUUUCAACGGCUGUGAUUCCUUUUUGUUUGUGA